UACAGGUCCAUGCUUUUUAGAUCCUUUGUUUUUUUUCAUGUCCCAAUGCAACCAUUUUCUCUGCUCUAAUUCCAUCCUCUCUGCAAAGCAAUAGUUCCAAUGCCAUGGCCGAGGAUCCCUGACCAACAACCUCUUCACCAUGACUGUACACAGCUUUGGAAUUUGUAAAUAUUAUUUAGUUGUUUGUGUAAGCAAGCGAAGACUGAAGGACCCAUCUUUGGAACUGGUCUGUUUUUUGUGUUGUUAGGUUAAUUUGUUUACUGAUCUUGUCUCUAUAGCUAGCAAGCAAACAUGUGCCCUGGUAGUGGUGGCAGUGAUACAGAAUCUCGAGGGGUUAUAAUUUGUGAUGAUUUGAUUUCAAAAAAUGGAGGAGGAGGAGACUACAAGAAUGAAGAUACAAUGAGAGUAAGAGAAGAGGUCAUGUUUGUACAUGGUCUUCUCAGACGGUUUAGUGUCAAUGGAAAUGCAGGAAGGUUGCCACUGCAAGAGGUGGGAGAAGAGGUGGUGUCUCUAGCCAAGAUAGCAUGCCCUAUAAUAAUGACAACUCUGCUUAUUUUCUCAAGGUCCAUUAUAUCUAUGCUCUUCUUGGGUCAUCUUGGGAAAAAUGAAUUAGCAGGAGGGUCACUAGCACUUGGGUUUGCAAACAUCACUGGCCUCUCGGUGCUGAAAGGCUUAGCCAUGGGAAUGGAUCCUAUCUGUGGACAAGCGUAUGGGGCCAAGAGAUGGUCAGUUCUUGGCCAAACCUACCAGAAAACUCUCUGUCUUCUGAUUCUUGUUUGUAUUCCCAUCUCCUUAUUAUGGCUAAAUGUGGAACCAGUCUUUAUACGCCUAGGCCAGGAUCCAGAUAUCACUCAUGUUGCGAAAAUUUAUCUGUCCUCCUGCAUUCCUGAAUUAAUAGGUCAAGCUGUUCUUCACCCAAUGAGAUCCUUCCUUAGAACUCAAGGUUUGACAGCUCCUCUUACUGUAGCUGCAGUAGUUGCAUUGAUCCUCCACGCUCCAAUCAACUACUUUUUGGUAAUAUACUUGAAGAUGGGGGUAAAAGGGGUUGGGUUAGCCCUUGCUUGUAACACGUUAAAUUUAAACUUAGGCUUGCUGAUUUAUGUCAUAGUUUCCAAAACACCAUUGAAACCUUGGCAUGGGGUUACAGCUCUCUCAAUCUUCAACAGCUGGUGGCCAUUGCUAUCACUAGCAUUACCUAGUGUCAUCUCUGUAUGCUUGGAGUGGUGGUGGUAUGAGAUCAUGCUGUUUCUUUGUGGCUUACUCCGCAACCCGAAAGCAAGUGUGGCAGCUACAGGCAUCCUCAUUCAAACAGCGGGUAUAAUCUACUCGUUUCCAUUUUCCCUGAGCAUCGGUGUAUCUACGCGAGUUGGCCAUGCAUUGGGCGCUGGACAACCGUCUCGUGCGCAAUGGACAACAAUAAUCGGUAUCUGUCUCGCAUUCACAUUCGGCCUCUCCGCAUCUGUUAUCACAUCAGCCCUGAGAUCAGUGUGGGGGAAGCUGUAUACCGACGAGCCACAGAUUCUUGACUUGAUCUCAACUGGACUUCCACUACUCGGGUUAUGUGAGCUUGCCAACUCUCCGCAAACAGCUGCCUGCGGAGUUCUAACAGGCACUGCCCGUCCUAAAGAUGGCGCACGAAUAAACUUAUAUUCCUUCUACUUAGUUGGAUUGCCGGCUGCAAUUCUCCUAACUUUCAAAUGUAAAAUUGGUUUUCCGGGGCUAUGGUUUGGGCUAUUAGCAGCACAGAUUUGCUGUCUAUGCAUGAUGCUGUAUACUGUGGUUCAAACAGAUUGGAGGCACCAGGCUAAAAGGGCUGAGGAGCUAACUGCAGCUAUGGAAGAAAAUGAUGACAACGACAACGACGAGAUAGGGGAUGAUUUGGAAACAGGAUUGCUUGCAACUGUUAAUUGAUUCCCCAAAAUGAAGUUGGUGAACAGGCAACAUCUAACAAAGAGAGUCAGGCUAGAUUAUAACAUACAAAAUGAGCUAAAAACAUAUUAUUGUGUUCAGAAACUACUGCAGGGUGAUCCAUGUUUUUGAUACUGGAGAAAAACAAAGAAAUACUCUGUUAAAAUUGAUUGAAUGAUAUAUUGAAUCAUGUCUUAGAAACA